AUGGCUCAUCGUCAAACACAGGGAGCUGCCUAUCCGACAAAACAUCGUCGAAACCAACCUCGCUCUAAAAAUGGAUGUCUUACCUGUCGUGGUAGACGUAAAAAGUGCGACGAGACAAAGCCUAAUUGCAACUUUUGUAUCAAGAGUGGUCAAACAUGUGUUUGGCCUACUGAAGACAACUCUCCAAAACAAGAGUCACAGAAUGACUCUCCCUCCAGCACGAAUUCUGAGAGAAGCCCUUCGGAGCAGCAAUUGCAGAUACAGAAGGUAGUCGAGAAAGCUGAGGUUACAACCCUUGCUCUGAUCUUUGAACGAUUCAUCUUCGAUUGGGGCACCCAUGGAGAUAUACCAUCAGGACCUACCAUGGCUUGGUUUGGAAAUCUCCCCUACAUGUACGCCAAUUCCAGUGUAGACAGCCUCCUACAUAAGUCAGUCAAUGCCUUAGCGAAUGCAAGCUAUGCGCAGAGAUUUAACUCCUCUGAAGCUUUAAGGAAUGCGACAAAAUGGUAUGGAGAGUCUAUACACAUGUUGAAAGAGAAUAUGCUCUACAUUGUUGAUUCUUCUUUAUACUGUGAUCUUAUAUCCUCUAUUAUGUGCCUCGGCUUUUACGAGGCAAAUAAAUCUAUUGGACUCGAAGGGGCUUGGGGCUCUCAUAUAAGUGGCGCUUCUGUCCUGUUGAAGAUGCAGGGUCAAAAGAAGACUGCGGAGUCCUCGAUAGCGUAUGAGGUUUCCAUCGUAUCAUAUAUGCAGAUGAUCAGCGGCAACCUUUUAACUGGCACAGCUCCCCAUGUAACAUCGGCGUCUGUGAACGAACUGGGUUUAGCAAAGCUACCGCAGUUGUACGCGCAUACAGAGCUGAUUUAUCAGUCUGCAUGUCUAUGCACAGAAUGGAAAAAAGCAUUGUUAACUUCCAAGACAAAUGAAGGCUUGGAAACGUUAUGCAUCGUUUUCAAUAAAGCCUUGAUCUUGGAUGAGCAACUUGAAAAUUGGACUCAUAACCUUCCCGCUUGGGCUAAAUACACAGCUGAAUCAAUAUCGAUCGAUUCCCAACCCGAAUGGCUUUUGCCUUUACUCAACGGUCCAUGGAACCCUCCCAAUACUCACAUUUACCCGUCUCUCAUGGUUCAGACUCUUUGGAGAUUCUACUGGAUGACACGAAUCAUUAUUAGUCAGGCUCUAUUAUUCACCAGUGAUAUCAUCGAACGCUCAGCAAUCAAAGCUCUAAACUUCCGCCGUUCGGAUGUCGAAUCCCGGUUGAUAACAUUCAUCGAUCAGUUAUGCGAAUCAUGCCUGGCAGCCUUUAUGCCUGUUACGAGGAAAGAUCCGCAAAGCUCCAGGGUCGAAGGUGUCCCCAUUCUUCUGGCUUGUCUCAUUUUACACGUCCUUCCAGCCAUCGGCUUGUGUCUUGAACAAAUUGGCGUUACUGACUUUGACAUUGUGGGUCGACGGGAUUGGGUAGCGAAGAUGAGGCAUUUUCUCCGAGUCAAUUUUGGUAUUGCAAAGGGUGCAACUGCAAUUCCUCUUACAGAAGCUGGAGCAAUUCCGAUUCAGAUGUGGGGGCUUUAG